UAUCUAGUAUGACUGGCAUGAUAUCAUAUCGCAGAUAACACAUUCGUGUAGCAUAAAAUUAGUAUAUGCGCCACAGACUUUCAAUCAAGCCACAUGUUUAUCACUUUCUUCAUUUCUUUGGGAGGGCAAAGUUCGCUUUCUUUGGUCUAAGAAAAGCGAACCCUACGAAAAAGAAACAAAACGUCCCAAACUGACUUAUCUGAUAAUUACGUGCCAUAAAUAUAGUGUAUCCAGUGAACUUGUUUGGUCUUCGAGAAGUUGGUUGGCUGACCUCUCAUAGACAGAAAUUAAAUCAUCCAUAGUCGAGUGACUUCUUGCCCUUAGAGCCGUUAGACUGGUGACAUCUGAAGAUGAGUAUAGGCAGUGAUGAGAUCAACUACCUGAUCUACAGGUACCUCCAGGAGAGUGGAUUCAAUCACACUGCCUUCGUAUUUGGCACUGAAUCCCACAUGUCAGAGACUAAUAUCAACGGGGGCCAAGUACCACCUGGUGCCCUGAUAAGUAUUAUUCAAAAGGGAAUGCAGUACGUGGAAGCAGAAAUUAGUACAAACGAGGACGGAUCAAUUAACGACCACGUGCAACUGGCAGCGGACAGUCUCUCUUUGAUUGAUGCAGUGAUGCCAGACAUUGUACAACAGACGAGGAAUUCACACCAGAACAAGCCGAAUCCAAACAACCCGCAGGCACAGUUGAAGCCGAAAUCUGAACCUGAAAAUGACAACAACUCUGCUACUCCUAAUUCCAACUCCAUCGAGGGCUCAUCCAACUCAUCAAAUGCACCUACCAAAUCAGACACAUCACAGGCCAUGGACACUUCAGGGCCUACGACCAGCCACGCUAUGGUCCCACCAUUCAUGGCACAACAGGACCCAGUGGUUAUACCGCCUGGCAGAGUGUCCAUUCUGAAAGGCCAUGAAUCAGAGGUGUUCUCGUGUGCUUGGAAUCCAAAGAGGGAUCUUCUGGCGUCUGGAUCAGGAGACUCGACUGCUAGAAUCUGGAACGUAGAGGAGCAAGAGCCGAGUCAUAAGAGACUUCAGCAUUGCAUCAACGAAGGUGGACAGGAGGUUCCUAGCAACAAAGACGUCACUUCGCUGGAUUGGAACUUCGACGGAAGUCUGCUGGGAACUGGAUCCUACGACGGAUAUGCACGUAUAUGGAAUGCCGCUGGAGACUUGAUCAACACACUUGGCUACCACAAGGGUCCCAUCUUCGCCCUCAAGUGGAACAAGAAGGGAAACUACGUUCUAACAGCGGGAGUGGACAAGACCACCAUCAUCUGGGACGCAACCACAGGAGAGUGUCAGCAGAUAUUCGCGUUCCAUUCGGCCCCUGCUCUAGACGUGGACUGGCAGAACAACCAGUCAUUCGCAUCCUGCUCUACCGAUAUGUACAUUCAUGUGUGCAAAUUGGGACAGGACAGACCUGUCAAGACAUUCACAGGCCACUCGAACGAGGUGAAUGCGAUCAAGUGGGAUCCGAGUGGACUCCUCUUGGCCUCCUGCUCUGAUGACAUGACCAUCAAGAUCUGGAAUCUGAAGAACGAGACAUUCGUCCACUCUCUAUCCGCCCAUAACAGGGAGAUAUACACCAUCAAGUGGUCUCCUACAGGAGUGUCGACAGACAACCCGAAUGCGAAUCCGUUCCUAGCCAGUGCUUCUUUCGACUCGACAGUGAGGCUGUGGGAUAUUGAGAAGGGCAAGUGUGUGCACACCCUAUCCAAACACACCGAGCCAGUGUACUCUGUCGCGUUCAGUCCAGAUGGAAAAUAUCUAGCCAGUGGCUCCUUUGACAAAUGCGUUCACAUCUGGAGUACUUCGUCGGGCCAACUAGUCAACACAUACAGAGGUACCGGAGGUAUCUUUGAAGUGUGCUGGAAUUCUAGAGGAGACAAAGUGGGGGCCAGUGCCUCGGACGGAAGUGUGUUCGUGCUAGAUGUCCGAAAAUAGCAAGUAGACAUACUGCACUAUUCGGCCAGACAUCUGGAAUUGAGUUUAUCAUUAGUUUUGCUGAAAAGAGUUCAGAAUGGAUUCCCGGGAACUUAUUUUAUCAUUUGCUCGUUUCGAAACAAACUAGAAAUAUUUAGAUUCUGUCUCUGUCAAACACAAAGAGACCAAGAAUUGUGAAGCUUUGAUGGUUAGCUAAUACAAAGGAAGAGAAGCUGUUACUAAACUUUGAAAUGGGAUAGACAUAAAUUGUUUGAUAUUAAGAGCUGAACAAAACCAAAUCAUGAGUCUAAAAGUUACUGUUCUUUUUGAUCAAUUUAUGGUGUGAACGUUUAGAUAUCUAUGAAGACCUUAGCUCAAAACCCUUAGCUCAUCAAAAAGUCUUUCUAUGUGCUAUCUAGAUAUUUUGACAUCAGUUUGAUCAGUUUUGAACUUAACCCAUAAUUGACAUCUAGAGGUGAUAUCUGACUGUUAGACAUUGUCUACUACUAAUUUAUUUUCGAUCAGUAUUUUUUAAUUUAAAGAAAACUCAAAUAAAAACUGUGGUCGACGUAGACUGGAUUGCAAUAAGAUGAGAAACAAUUACAAUUUACUCACUGUAUCUACAGAAUGGAAUUGAUUCAUUUACUUGAUUGUCGUUGUUGUUGAUCCAAAUUUGAAAAAGCUGUUCAUGAUAUGCAAUUAUGCCGCAACCUUCUAAUUCAAACCUUUAAACUUUAACUUUAAAUAACGAUAAUGUCAUAUUUUGUCUGAUACAAAAAAUAAUGUGAAAUUCAGCUGUGAUUAGCGUGUUA